AUGUUCAGGAUAUUGCUACCAUGCUUGAUAUGGCUGUCUACGGUGCGUUCGGAGACCGGGCUGCACAUGGACAUGCCGAACGAAUCGCUGAUGGACAAAGUAUCGGACACCUCGAUACUGAAGCUGAAAAGAGAAUCCUACCAUCAACCUUGCGGACCGGUCUACCCGCAUGUUCCCGCCUACGCACCGCCGCCCGUUUACGUUAAGCCCUACGUCCAGCCGACCUAUUUGAAGAAGGAGCUGGGCGUCCAGCCCUUGGCUCACUUCCAAUAUCCCCAGCAGCCCUCUUACACCUCUGUGGUGUCGAAGCCGGUCGUCUCGUACGUAAAACCGCUGACACCUGUGGUGAAUUACCAAACGGUGCAUCAGUCGGCGCAGUAUAUCAAACCUGCGAUACCAAUCUACCAGAAACCCGCCAUGUCCUACGCGCCGACCUAUCAGAAACCGUUGUACUACGCAUCCGCGUAUCAAAGUUCUAUGUACCACCACGACAUGCCGAACAUAUUCGUGAAGAAAUACGAAGCCCCAGUCGCACCGAUAGUCUACCAGAAGCCGGUGAUUCACGCGCCCAUCCAGUACGCCGCGCCGAAGGUGUUGCAGCUGCCAACGCCGCACGUGUCCUAUGUAAAGCCCGUGGUUCAUGCGCCGCCCGCAUAUGCCCCGCCGUCCGUACAUAAUUCCGUUAUAGUUAAGCCUCAUUGUGUGUAA